CAUUGGCGCAUGACUAAUAACGAACCAGUCACUAUUGAGUGUUGCAUCAGUGUGCUUUACAGCUUACUCCAAACCCUAACAUCCCAAAAUUUCAAUUUCGAAUUUCUCAUUUUAUACAUAUUUAUUCAAUUCAAUAUUCGAGAAAGUAUUUCUCGAUGUCGUCUUCUAUGUUCAACAACCACAGCAUUUCGAUCUCCGUCUCAGACGAGGAAUCGGACGAACUCGGCCGGAUGCGGGUGCGAGUCCGAAGAAAGCGCAAGAAACAGUACGGUCACCGAGUUAAGAAUGAGUUGUCUCAGCUUGUUCUAAGGUUCCUCUUGAAAUAUUGGAUGGUUUUUAUUUUCCUUCCCGCUGCUGGGUUACUUGUGUUCGAAGCCUCGAGAAUCGGUAAAGAACCGAGUUUGGAUGUGGAAUUGGAACGUGAUGUAAAGAAGACACCGGAUUUGAAACAUAACCAGACUGUUGGCGAAUUAAAGAAGAAGAUGGAAGAUAAUUUGGAUCGGCUUGAUCCACCACGUUGCUUGAAGCUACUACCUCCUGAAGAACUUCAACAUCUGGAAAUUCCCAUGCAUGAUGAAUCUAAUCUUGUUAAAAAUGUGGUAUACAUAUCAGAGAAAGACGCACAACAUGAAGAAGGCAAUAGUACAAUCUCUAAACUGAGCACAGAGUUUACGCGAUUUAAUCUAUUUACCGGGUACCAGACACUUGACCAGCGAGAGAGUAGUUUUAAGGUGAGUGAAACGGCUCAAAUACAUUGUGGUUUUUACAGUGAAAAUGGAGGGUUUAAGAUUUCUAGUGAGGACAAAAUUUACAUGCAAGCAUGCAAAGUUGUGGUGUCUACUUGUGCAUUUGGUGGUGGAGACGACCUUUAUCAACCUAUUGGAAUGUUACACGCAUCGCUUAAAAGGGUCUGUUAUGUUGCAUUUUGGGAUGAAAUUACUGUAGCAGCUCAGGAAUUUAAGGGGCGCCGAAUUGGUGAGGACUACUUUAUUGGGAAAUGGCGCAUUGUGGUUGUGAGGGAUCUUCCUUUUACAGACCAAAGGUUAAAUGGUAAAAUCCCGAAGAUGUUGGGACAUCGCCUCUUUCCUCAUGCCAAGUACUCUAUUUGGGUAGACUCAAAAUCACAAUUUAGGAGGGACCCUCUUGGUGUUCUAGAAGCCCUUCUUUGGCGUUCAAAUUCUGUAUUAGCGAUUUCACAACAUGGAGCUCGAAGCAAUGUGUAUGAGGAGGCUACAGCUGUUGUGAAGAAACACAAAGCUACCCCAGAAGAAGUUGAGGUGCAGUUGACUCAAUAUCGGCAGGAUGGCUUGCCUGAAGACAAGAGAUUUAAUGGGAAGAAGGCUUUAAAUGAAGCUUCAGUCAUUGUGAGAGAGCAUACACCAUUAACUAAUCUGUUCGUGUGCCUCUGGUUUAAUGAAGUGGUUCGAUUCACUUCUCGCGAUCAGUUGAGUUUCCCAUAUGUACUUUGGCGGUUGAAAUUGCUAAAAGGCAUCAACAUGUUCCCCGUUUGCAUCCGCAAAGAUCUAGUUAAUAGUAUGGGCCACAUUCGCAAGGCUAAGCCAUUGAUAAAUUGAAGCUAUGGUGCUGCAGUCACUCGGUUCCACAUCGUUAACUGCUUGCACUGUGACGAACUAAGGAGCUGUAUUCACUCACAAUUUGUAUCACAGUCAAAUGUGUUGGAGGAAUCGGUCAGAAGGGAAAUGUUUCCUCCUCUUUUUUUCUUGAUCGGCUCCUCCUUGAAUUGUUAUUUACAUCAGCAUAUAGCAGAUUUUGUAUUUAAUUCUUUUGAACCAGACAAAUCGAUUGAUUUGGUUCAUUUUCUAAUGAAUAUAUAUAUUUUUUU